AUGGACAUGUUUAUGCUUUGUUUCCUGACCCUCGUGGCCUCAAUGGCCAACACCGCUUUCGCUGUUCCUGCCGUUCUCGGUGGCGGCUUCCCAAGUACCACCAGCGGCGUCGUCAACUCUGGCGUUGAAGGCAUCAUCGCGGAUCCUACCCUCCCACCUCAGAAGACUGGUGGAAUGGACUACAACCCCGAAGACAUCUCACGCGGUCCCGAUCUUGCGACCUUCACCGUCAUAAACAAGCACACCGCGAACAUCAGCACUUCGCACCAAUGCGGCGCCGGUGCACCCACUGCGGUGUCGGGAUUUGUUGGGGAGGGAACUAUGGCCCCGAAUGCUUCAUCCGCUUUUGCUGUUCCCUGGAACUGGACCGGGAAUGUGGCAGUCAUCGACGCGGCGUACUCGCUCACCGGCGACGUGUCUCUAAUCGAGGCGAAUUAUGUGCAGACCUGGACCUCCCAGGUUGCCGUAGUGGACGUUGAUAUCAGCUAUGUGAACGGUUUUACGCUGCCCAUCAUCUGCUCGUGCGAUGGGAAGGUGGUCACCGGCUGCAUAAAGGAUCUCUUUGCCUUGGGAGACUGCCCUAAAAUGGACGACCAGAAUGCCUGCAUCAAUCCCGAGCGCGGCGACAACGUCACUAACACGGCUGCUACAUUUUUCCAGCCAUGCCAGGGCGAGGCAUAUACCUUCCCCAAUGACCAUGGUGCAAAUAGCUAUGGCGAAUGCCAGUCGGGUAGUGUCACUUGCUGCGUCGGGAUGGCUUGCGGCCUGGGAAAGUAG